UUUGGUGGGUCAUCGGUCGUUUGCCUGAGUUCGGUGAUUGUGCUCCUGAGAUAGUCUGUCUGUUAUGCCUCUGCCAUAACAAGCCUUAUCGGGUAGAUGACCCCGCUUUCUCGAUAGAUAAGAAUUCAGAGUGGAAUAUAUUGCUAAUCACAAUCAUUCAUGACAUGCACCUACGUCUUUGAAAUGAAGAUGAAGAAAAUACGAGAAAAAUAACCAGACCAUACCUAUCACAACGAACUACAAACGUCAAAAAGAGAAAGAGAGAGAGAGAGAGAAAAAAAGAAAAAGAAAUCAAGACAAAAACAAAACGGAACAACACCCCAGAACAACAACAAAACCCAGAAUAUAAUCGAGUGUUCGAACUUUCCAGCGCUUUCUGUGAGCAAAUUGGUAAAUAAACAACAACACAAAAAGCCAGACUUAAAGAGGAAAGCAAUACGUCAUCUCUCUCGGAAGUAUCGCCGGCCGGUCAGACACGCACACGAACGCGCUGCCAUGAUUCCCACAAGCCGAAGACCCGCCCUCGACAACCUGAGACACCGCCAGCUCCCUCUCUUCUUCCUCCUUAUCCUCCUCCUCCAAGAUGCUAAGGAGUCCUCAGGGAUACUCGUGGGCGACCGGAACAUCCCUGACAUGUGGGAGCACCGUUAUCACGAGGAUAUCGAAGGGGAUUUCCUCGUGAGAGAGUUUAUCCUACAGGAGGUGCACCCUAGGACAGCGUUGCUUUGUCCCAAGGACUUCGCUAUUGCUAAGAUUGCUAUGUUAAUACAAACAGGACCCGACAUCAUUGAGAAAUUUCCCGACCACAAGCUCGACAUACCCUAUGCCCACUGGCUCAUCAAACCGGACGACGGCGUGCCCACAGACGAGGAGAGUGGCACUACCAAAUGCCCAACGCUACAAAAGUGUCUCGGGUAUCAGGCCUGUCUCUUCAAUUUUGGUAUCGAGUUUUGUCAUAUGGACCCCGUACCUGGGCAGAGAAAGAACUUGGGUGUGAACUUGACCUGCGUUCGAGACGAGGAACUUGUAAAGUCGAUGAUGACUGUAAACUACGAGGCGGAAUUCGUCCAUGAAGUAUUCCGGAGAACGAAAUUGGUCCUCCACUUGACCUACAACUCGCGCCUGGAAGAAAUCCUCCCGGAACUGACCUCCACCGAAGUCAAGGAGCGAGAGGAGUCGGAAUCCGAGGUCUUCCAUGCCACAUGCCCUGACCUCGAACGGGCAAUGGACGCCGGGUACAGAGGUCACUGCCAUAAGGAACCUCCGGCGCCCAGGGAGGUCAGCGAAGGACUGUGGGCGCUCUUGGGAAGAGUACCGUCCAGAGUGUGUCGUGAGGAACUGCAGCAGAUCUACUGUUCCUUCUUGUACCAGAACAAAGGACUCUGUUUCCCCCCUUUUGUUCUCGAACCGGGACACGCACGUGACCUAGGUCCAGAAAAACUACAUCUGGCGGCCAACUCCUUCCCCAAGAGUGAGACGCGACCUGACCUGGCCUCGUAUGCCAAAAUUAUGCAGGAUCCCAAGAAAGACCUCAUCCCAGCGCGGUUAGGAUUUGUUAUUCUGGCGCAUAAGGAUACCCCUGCACUGAUGCAGCUUCUGAGACUCAUCUACCGACCUCAGCAUCAUUACGUCAUCCACGUGGACAAGCGGCGUGAGGAUACACGUUCGACGCUGAUUAUGCUGAUCGCUAAACUCAUGCCUGGGGCCAAGAACAUUCGGGUCCUUCCGGUGGCCCGCUCCUUCGUCGCCUCCUGGGGCUCCUACAACAUCGUCCGGGCGGAGCUGGAGGCCUUCGAGGAGCUCCUGAGGAUGGGCAUCUGGGACUUCGCCGUCAAGCUGAGCGGAGCCGACCUCCCCCUCCGGGAUGUGGACGACCUGAGCGCCACGCUAGCACCCUACAGGGGGGAGAAUUACGUGCCGCUCUUCGGCCAUCGCAACAGGGACAUGAAGGCCGAGCAAGGACUCGUGUGGGAUGUCUGGCAUGGGUGUGAAGGCUACGUGUACAACGUGACGAAAGCAGGAGGCCAACCACACCCGGAGGAAAUACCAAUCUACACAGGCUCCCAGUGGUCAAUCAUGGGUCGUGACCUGACAGACUACGCCGUGACCCAUGAGCGACGUUCCGAUCAGCUGAACCGAUGGCACUAUCACCUGCAGAUGUCGAUCAUACCUGACGAAGCUUACUUCCCGACUGUCACCAUGAAUUCGCCGUAUGCCAACAAAUCCCGUCCCCUUGGAUUCCACUGGCUUAAAAAAUUCGAAGGAAGAAACACCAUUAACCUUUGCCGUCACAUGGAGGAUGCGGAUUUCUGCGGCCAGGGUCCAGGGCCUGUCGAGGAAGACGACUUGAGAGAAAUGAUGGAAUCCUCUCACAGAUAUUUCUUCGCUAGGAAAUUCCACACUGAUAACCCUGGCCACAGUACGAGGAUUAGGGUAACAGAGCACGUGCGAACCAACUACUACCUGAACCUCCGCCGCCAGAUUCCUCGCGGCCUCCUGAAGCAGCUGGCCGACCUCGCCUUCGUCAGACUCGAGGAGGAAUUGCGCGCACACCCCGUCCUCGGCGCCAUGACGAUCUCGCCCGGGGAUGUGACGGCUUUCAAGGUCCUGCCGCGUCUUCAUCUCACAAACCCUUGCUGUUCCCUUCCUUUUGAGAGGUCCUUUAAGAGCACGCAGGAAUUCGUCUUCUGGGUCGACUUCAACAUUUCCAUGACGUCAUCUCCCCGCCCACAGAGCGACGAGACGGGGUCCAGCGUGGCGGGCGCGCGGGCGUUGGUGGCGCAGAGGGCUGUGUGCGACUGUUACCCCGACGGUCACUUGAGGGCGCUGAGGGCUACCACUUGGCCCGAGGAUCCCACUUCGCCCCGACGUAUCCUCUAUGGUGGUCGCAGAUCUGCUCUCACGACCAACGUGCCCCUCCCGUUCGUGAUGCCCGGCGCCGAUACCGUCUACGUAGAGUUGUGGUUCCACGUAGGUCCGAGGAGCCUAAGUGAGGAGUGCAAGAGGAAAAUUAGGCCUACGGGCAGGCCUAUGGAGUUCGGCAACAUGAACGUGCAGGAGACGAAGGCUGACCCGCUGGAUAUCGUGGUGCAGGUCAUUGACCCGAACGGCAAUGUCAGAUGCGAGGAACGGAAAACGGACCACUGGGACCUCCAACACGUCCAUCCAAACAGGGACUUUGAGAGGGUCGAAAUGCCUUCCUUUUUCACUGUGUUGUGCGGUACGAUGGAACCUGGCAAGUGGACGCUCAGGGUGAUCCAGGUGAGUUUUCAUCGAUGUAUCCAAGAAUUCCCUAAUCUCAUAACAUCCUUGGCUUUCUUAUGGAGUUUGGGACCGACAUUCGCCUCCUUGCCUCAGGCUAGCAUCGACUAUAUCUUAUCGGUUUUAGUUUUUGUUCCUCGUUUCACUAAGAAGAGCCUCCAGAAGAAAAUGAAAGAUCGAGGAUUAUACAAAAUCACCUUAAGGUCUUGUUGUGAUCAUAGGGUUCAGUUUGUUGAACGAUUGCAUGUUGCACGUAGUGUUGGAGUCAUUUUAGAGUAA